CAAUCAAUGCUGAUUGUGACCACAGGCUUACUUGCUCGACACGCUCCGUGUUUGUUAGUUUGAUCUCAAUCAGUAUGUUGAAUAACAGAAAGUGGCCAUAGAAGAUAGUGGGAUGUGAACAACUUAUGUAUGCUUGUGUGGCUGACAAUCAAUCAAUCACAAUUACUGAUGUAUGCUUUUUUGGUUGACAAUCAGUCAAUCGUAAUAUCAAAUCUGUGUGCCAUGACUUGAAAGCAUUGGCGGAACCAUCAUAGAAAUUUCUCAAUUACCUGAUGUAAGCCAAGGUCUGUGUGGCCUAGGUGCUUUUAUACUUUCAUUAGAAGAGCUAUCAUUGUAAAAAAGAGAAUAAUUGACAUUGUUCUUCUGGGAAACAUAUCUGGGUAAGGAUGCAACUGGGUAGUGGUACUUUGUUUUUCUUAUUCAUCUUCAGUUUGCUUCUGUCACAGUAUGUCAUAGUAUGGCCUCUAGGCUGUUCCUGUUCUGCUUCAACUCUCUUCUGUCACAGCAUCGUUGUACUGAAGUACUGUAUGAGAUAACUCCUUUACACCCUUUAGCACAGGGACAAACUCUAGUCUUCCAUGGCAGGAUUUUCGAAUUGGGUUUCUUCAGUCCUAGUAACUCAGCAAAUAUGUAGGUGGGGAUAUGGCACAAGAAUAUAUUACCCCGUAAAGUUCUGUGGGUAGCCAACAGGAAAGAUGUAAAUUGUAUCAACCAAUCAAUGCUGAUUGUGACCACAGGCUUACUUGCUCGACACGCUCCGUGUUUGUUAGUUUGAUCUCAAUCAGUAUGUUGAAUAACAGAAAGUGGCCAUAGAAGAUAGUGGGAUGUGAACAACUUAUGUAUGCUUGUGUGGCUGACAAUCAAUCAAUCACAAUUACUGAUGUAUGCUUUUUUGGUUGACAAUCAGUCAAUCGUAAUAUCAAAUCUGUGUGCCAUGACUUGAAAGCAUUGGCGGAACCAUCAUAGAAAUUUCUCAAUUACCUGAUGUAAGCCAAGGUCUGUGUGGCCUAGGUGCUUUUAUACUUUCAUUAGAAGAGCUAUCAUUGUAAAAAAGAGAAUAAUUGACAUUGUUCUUCUGGGAAACAUAUCUGCGUAAGGAUGCAACUAGGUAGUGGUACUUUGUUUUUCUUAUUCAUCUUCAGUUUGCUUCUGUCACAGUAUGGCGCUGAAGUAUAUACCAUAACUCCUUCACACCCAUUAUCCAAGGGGGAAACUCUAGUCUCUCCUGGCCUAAUAUUCGAAUUGGGCUUCUUCAGUCCUAAUAGUUCUGCCAAUAAGUAUGUGGGCUUGUGGCACAAAAGUAUAUAUCCCCGUAAAUAUGUAUGGGUGGCAAACAGAGAUAAUCCUCUUGCAGCUACAGACACCUUGGCUAGUUUGAGAAUUGGCAGCAGCGGGAGUCUGGAGCUCGUAGAUGGGAAACAAAUUUUUGUCUGGUCGGCCAAUAUAUCUAAUUGUUCAUCUGCAGUUCUCUUAGAUAAUGGAAACUUUGUUGCCAAAGGUGUUAUGGGAGCUGAUUUGUGGGAGAGUUUUAAUAAUCCUAGUGACUCACUACUGCCAAGAAUGUUGUUGGGAUAUGAUAGAGGUUCUGGAAAACAAAAUUUCUUGAUAUCUUGGAAAAGUGAAAAUGAUUCAUCACCGGGGAUAUUCUGGGCGGGACUGUCAGCAGAGUCGCCACCACAAAAGUUCAUUUGGAUUAAUGGAUCUACUCCCCAUUGGAGAAGUGGGCCAUGGGAUAAAUCACAGUUUAUUGGUAUACCCCCACCAACAAAUCAGUAUGUAAAUCCAUUUACUAUCAUUGUUAAUGUGACACAGGAAGCAAGGUAUUUAUCUUAUGAUUUUGACAAAAUUCCUGGUGGCAAAGUUCUUGCAUAUGAUGAAAUGUCUUCUGAAGGUAUAGGGAGAGUUUUUGUUUCACAAAGUCACAAGAACUGGCAUCUUAUGUGGAAAUCAUGGAACAACCCAUGCGACAAUUAUGGCGCCUGUGGACCUUUUGGGGUUUGCAAAGCUUAUGAAUCUCCAAUCUGCAAGUGUGUGAACGGGUUUAUACCAAAGUCAAAUGAGGAAUGGACCAAAGGAAACUGGACAGGAGGUUGUGUGAGACGAACAAAUUUGUCUUGUGAGACACAUAGAAAUGAAUCAGUCUCAUCAAAAGGAAAAGAUGGGUUUUUGAAGUUGGAAAGAUUGAAAGUACCAGAUUUUCAUGAAUAUCUGAGUUCUUUGGCUCUAGAAAAGUUCGAGGACUGCAAGAUACAGUGCCUCAGUAAUUGUUCUUGCCUGGCUUUUGCCAAUGUUGAUACCAUAGGGUGUUUGAUGUGGUCCAAAGACCUUAUUGAUAUGCAGCAGUUUCCAUCUUUUGGAGAAGAUCUUUAUGUCCGCGUACCACACUCAGAACCAGUUGAAGGAAAGCCGAUGAAGUUAAUUGCCAGCCUUACGACUAUUGGAUUUAUGAGUAUCUUGGUUGCCAUAGUCUUCAAUUUGCAUGGGCGGUAUGCCAACCAAAAGCUUUUAUUUGCAAAAUCAGGACGUGUCGAGUUAAAAACACAGCGCUUGGAAUCAACUAGUAUGACUAAGAUUCAUAGAGACGGUAUUCGAGAAUAUAUAGGAAAGUAUAAUCUCUCGGAGCUAAAGAUAUAUGAUUUUGAUAGCAUACUAAUUGCCACAAACAACUUCAGCAUCACAAACAAACUUGGUCAAGGAGGCUUUGGCCCAGUUUAUAAGGGGAUGCUACCAGAAGGGAAGGAAAUAGCAGUAAAAAGACUAUCUAGUAGCUCAAGACAAGGUGUCGAAGAGUUCAAGAAUGAGAUGAUGUUGAUCUCCAAUCUUCAGCACAAAAACCUUGUUAGGAUGAUGGGCUGCUGUGUUAAAGAGGAUGAGAAGUUACUAAUUUACGAGUUCAUGCCUAACAAAAGCCUGGAUACUUUUCUAUUGGAUCUGACGAAGAGAGCAGUGCUUGAUUGGGCUACACGCUUUAAUAUUAUUCAGGGUGUUGCUAGAGGACUUCUUUAUCUCCAUCAUGAUUCCUAUGUGAAGGUGAUACAUAGAGAUCUAAAACUCAGUAACAUUCUCUUGGAUGAGAAAAUGAAUCCAAAAAUCUCAGAUUUUGGAUUGGCACGCAUAAUUGAAGAAACACAGAGUCUAGACAAUACUCAGAAGGUUGUUGGAACACGUGGCUAUAUGUCUCCAGAGUAUGCCAUGGGUGGGAUAUUUUCUGAAAAAUCUGAUGUCUACAGCUUCGGGGUCCUGGUAUUGGAGGUUAUUAGUGGCAAGAAGAACACUAGCUUCUAUUUAUAUGACCAACAACUAGGCUUCCUUGCCUAUGCAUGGAAGUUGUGGAAUGAAGGCAGGGCAUUGGAUUUAGUAGAUGAAGUAUUGGGUGAUUCAUAUUCCUCAUCAGAAGUAAUGAAAUGCGUGCAUGUUGGGGUUCUUUGUGUACAGGACAAUGCUACAGAUAGACCAACCAUGGUGGAUGUAGCUUCAAUUCUAAGCAGCGAGAAAGAUGGUCCACAUCCAAAGAGACCUGUAUUCACCAUCCAAAACUCAGUUUAUCGUCCUGGACCAUACUAUGAAAAUACAAAUUCCUCCAAAAAUGAAGCUAGCAUGACAAUAAUUGAAGGACGUUAAAUGAUAGCAAAUUGGUACAUCACAAUGCGAUGCCUUUUGGUCAUUCUCAAAAACCAUGUUGAAGGUUUUCUAUUUGGUAGCAUAUGAAGGUUUUUUUUUUGUUAAGAAGAUGCUUCUUAUUGAUGAUUUUACAAAUUUUAUACACGAAAAAUUAAGUA